GGGCAACGGGGAGACGAAGCCGCGCACCGCGACCGCCGCAUCACUCGCGCUCCGGCAGCCCGCGCCCUCGCACGCGCCCGCUCGCACCGCAACAUGGCCGGGGAGGUCCGAAAGUUCACCAGGCAGGAGGUCGCCGCCUGCGACACCAAGGCCUCCAACACCUUCAUCAUCGACAACUACGUGUACGACGUCGCGCAGUUCCUCGACGAGCACCCGGGCGGCCACGAGGUGCUGGUCAACGCGGCCGGCAAGGACGCCUCCGAGGACUUCGAGGACAUCGGCCACAGCCUCGACGCGAAGGACCUCAUGAAGAAGUACCGCAUCGGCGAGCUCGUGGACGAGGACAAGAAGCAGGCGAAGAAGAGCGCGCAGGUGAACUGGCACCCGAGCGCGACCGCGGCGGCGGAGCCCGGCUUCGUGGGCUCGUGGAAGUUCCCGGUGGUGCUGGGCAUCCUGGCCACCGUGCUCUACUCGUACCUGUUCGGCUAGCGCGCCCUGCGCGUGCGCUGCCGAACUAUGACUGACUUAUCGUUCGUGGAUCGUGGAAAAACGUGGGUGUUUUUUUUUAAUUAGUAAUGUGAUUAAAUUAAGUAAUGUAAUUUUAAUGUGAUUUACUUUUAAGUAAUAAAUUUCUACGUUCCUGAGCUGUGUGGCCUCAUUGCCGAGACCGGUUAGUUUCGCGGCUGACUGCGUGCCUGCUGCUCGAUGUACCGCGACUCGUAAACUCGCAAAAGAAAUUUCUCUGCGCUCAUGUUCUACAUUGAUACUCGUAAAAUACGGAAAUUUAAUUAGGAAAGCUGAUAGUGAUCACACAUUGUUAUCUUAAUCUGGCAAGCAGGACGAUAUACCUUCUAACAGCUAAACGGAAAUUACUUUUCAUUAUCAUUUUAUAUUAAUGCCAACAAACAAAACAUGUUAUUCAGUAGAGGAGGAAUGUUAUCGUAUUUAUCAUCAUUAGGUUACACUUAUCUUUCUUACGUAAAUGUUGUUACUUAUGUCUUUUGUUGGUAUUUAUUAUUUGAUAACGUUACAAGAUCUGUGUUAAAAAAUAAACUAGCUUUUGCCAGCGGCUUCGCCCGCGUAAAUACCGGUCUGUCACAGAAGAUCUUUUGCUAGGUUACUGAAUUGAUGAAUUUUCUACCUAAAUAUUAAAUUAAUAUGAACUGGUUA